UUUUUAAUCUAGUGAAGUAAAACGAGCGAAUUCAACAAAGUUAACGACAAAGGCAGUUUGAGCCCCUUGCGGUCCUUUUCGUGUAAGGUCCACCCCGAGGGUGUCCGAACACGCUAGUGCACGGAAAAGUAGCCAUUAUGGCGAAUGCAUCAGGAGGGUCCAUUGAUUUGGCCUCUUUGAUGAGGACAAAUAAAGUGGAGGCGCUUCACGCUACUGCCAGUUGUGGACCUACGAGAUUUCUUGUGUGGACACGGCUACCUGAAGACAGUUCUACCUGGAUUUUGAAGUACGUUUCGCUGUCUAUUCUGCGAUUUAUCUUUUAUGCGCAAUUUAGCUAGGAGAACUUAGUGAUAGACAAAAUUUCUUUUUUUUAUCACUAGGCUGGAUUGAUUUAUAAAAUUCCAUGUCUGUGAAGUGUAAAGUAGUAAUGUUAUGCAUUCAUAGAUUAUUUCGUUUGCAAAAUCCUAGACGCUGAGGAGGAAAAACGUUCAUUUUCGAUUUUAUUUUAUCUUCCGUAAGCAAAGAACUCCAAGACACUCUAGUCCUGAUCUGCCGGAUUCGUGCCAAAAUUUCAAAUUUCACUUUCCUGGAGGUUUAGAAUCUGGGAUAAAAAUUUGAUCCCAUUUUCCCCUUUAAACUGCAUGCAGAUGUAUGGGAUUGGAAAGUAAAAAUUGUGAGAUUUUAUCGUCAUUUUUAUUUGAUCAUCAUCAUCAUUCUCAUCAUCAUCAACAUUAUUGUCAUAUGCAUCUUUAUCUUAACCAGAAUUUAGAGGGCAGAGGGAAGAAUUGAGGUUAAAAAAAUUCAUGUUUCGUCGUCUUUGCCAUCAACGCCAUCACCAUUAUCAUUUCACCAUUAUCAUUAUUAUCAUUUUUCACUGCACCUUUGCAUAGAUGGGCGCGGGCUUUGCUCCAUGAUCACAUCCUACCAAAUGUAUCUAGCUAGGAGAUGAUAUUACAGACUAGAACAUCCAAAACAUUAAUUAAAUAUUUUUUUAAUGAAAUUACCAUCCAUGAUGCAAUUAGGCUCCUCUGCAAGGUGUUUCGUUUUUGCACCAUGUAAUGACAAACUGCAUGAUUCCAAUUCUUUUGGGCUGAUAAGGAGAUUAUAAUCAGAUGGUGCAUGACUGUAUUGAUAAAGCAAUGAAAUAUCAGAGAAAAACCUGAUUAAAUACUUUUUAGUUGUUUGAAAGAGUACAUAAUAACAGCUGUUAUUGUUGUUGUUUUUAUGUUUACUUAGUGCUACUGAUGGCGUCAAUGUCUGGCACUCACAACUGGACUUAGAGCAACUGGAUUCUCAUGUAAGGGUCAUAUAAGAGCACUGUAAAGAGUUUAAAAGCUGAUGCUUUGAGGGUUAGCCCUUUGUGAAUCGCUCUAAUGAAGGGCUUAUGCUGGAAAUGUCAGCUUUUGAACUCUUUGCAGUGGCCAAUUUAUUGCAUCCACCAUGUUGAGUUCAAAGUCUGCCUAGUUUCUAAGCCUUGCACAUGGGUAGUGUUCUCAAAAUUGGAGAGAUGUGUCUUCUUCAGCAGAUUUUUUAAAAAAUUUACAAUAAAACAAUUCAAAUUUGGUUCAGCAGAUAACUCAGACGUUGGUUUUUGUUAUUCAUGAUAUCAGUCUCAACCUCAUCCAAUAAUUCUUAAUGUUUGCAGAGAGAGCUAGCAGAAAUUGACAAAUAUGAAGCUUACUUUUCAAUGCUCAGGUAAUAUGUCAUUUUUCCUUUUGCAAAUAAAUGGAAAUUUAUAAAAUUACAUUAUUCAUUUGCUUCUUGUCAAAUAUUGUGCCCCUUUCAAAUAGUUCUGCUUAACCCUGCUGUGAGCAAAUGGCAGUUUUAAUAUAUACGGCAGAGAGAUACAGUGUAGGUAAAGGUGAGCAGGUUAGGCCACUUCUCUCAUCCAGAGAUAUACUAGUACAUUAAAUCUGUUAAGAGGCCUUUGCCUUCAUGGUUUUUCCAUCUAGAGACUGAAAAAAAUGUUUAAUCACCAAUUGGUACCCCUCAAUUCAAAGAAACACAUUUCAGAUUCAGGAGAGAACCUUGAUAGAAUGAUGGAGAGUAACUGGAAUGGCAUCUGGGGGAAGAGCCAGAUUCCUUAUUCUGAUUGCUUAAGGAGAUGCUUGGGCUCUCUGUUCCAGAUUGACAUUUUAGUUUUUAACUAUUUUGACAACUGAUAAAUGAUGUUGCUUUUUUUGUAAUACCAGGUCUGGCUUUCAAAAUGGCUCCAUAUCUUUGGCACAGUUACCUAACAAAGUAAUUCUAACAGUUGGUGAGGGUAUUCCAUCUCUGAGCUAUGAUCUCAGCGAGGCAAAGGCAAUUGAAAAGAAGACAGAGUUGCAACUAAUUCUCUUCAAAUUAGCUGAUAAAGUAGCUGAACUGACUCAAGAAUUAAAAGGUAAAUGAAUUUAUUACUAAAUGAGGCACAGCUUAUGCAUAAUUGACUUAAGAGGAUUUGGAAUGCUACAGAACUGAAAAAAGUAAUUCCUAAUUCUUUUUUCAUAACAUAUCUAUGAGUAUCAUUCAUUAUAUUUAAUCAUACUGAUACAUUUACUAUAAUUUUUCUUUUUUUUUUUUUUUUUUCAGUAUCUUCUGAUUCACUGGAAAGACUAAAGACUCAAAAGGUAUUCAUCUAUAUCUUCUCCCUCCUGCCAGAGAUAUUGCACUAAUCUCCAGGUUCAUACUGUAAGUUGUGGAACCUCACCUUUUACCCUCUGGGCAGGGUCGUUCAAAGAUGGGUCAGGAUAACCCAGGGAUAGCAUGAAAUUUGAUUUCAAAUCUGAAAGCUUUAAAAGAAAAUUCAGUUGAAUUAUUUUUAUCUACAAUUUGAUAAUUUUCCCAAUUCCUAAAAGAAUAGGGAAAAUUAUCCCCAAAAGGCUCUUAAAUAGAGAAGUAAAGAAACCUAGUUUAAAAUUUAACCUUUGGUAAUUGCUAAUUGGCCUUCAAACAACUGGGCCUGAUUCAUUGCCCUUGAAUCUGAGCAGAAAAACCUGGUCUCUAACUUACACUAUGACCUUGAACUCAGUUAGUUAGAGGUUUUGGUGGAUUGGAAAAUAUUUGGCCCAUGAUAUACAGACUGUGUGCAGCAAGGAACAAGCCAGACAUAUACCCACCCUCCCCUCCCACUCAGUUGAUGGGUACGUGUUGUUAACCAGACUAAUCUCCUUUUUAUUUUUCUUAACAUAGUAUGGGGCUCCUGGUGAAUUAUCAACAUUUGGUAAGUAUGGUAUUAACUCUAUAUUUACCCUUUAACCCCUAAGAGUGACUGGAAUCUAAUUUCUCCUUACCGUAUCACCUCUGAAUCAAACAUUAGGGUCAGGAGAAUAAAGGAACUGAUCACCUGCGAAAAAGCUCUUGUUCACUAGACAAAUUCUCCAUGUAAGCAUCCUAGGAAAUGUUUAGAGAACAGAAUAGAGGAUUUACAUACUUAUGUUAAGGUGUGUAGGGUUAGGAAGCAUGGCGGUAAAAGGAUUCAUUAAAAAAAAAAAGACACACUUUCCUGAAUUACCAGUUAGUUAUUCAUUUUAUUAUUAACACCUUUAGAUAUUCCUGCUAAAAAGACAACCCAAGCAGUCCCAGUUAAGAGAAAACAAGGUCGCAGUCUUAUUAACCCAGGAAGCAGAAAGUAAGUAUUAUAUAGAACUAUUUUUAUUAAUAACAUUAUGUAGAUAAUUGAUUAUUAAUCUGCAAAUUAAAAGUCAUGACUCGAAAAACCCUUUUUGUUGGAGGGGCUGCUUGGAAAAAAGCCCUCAUGGAGCCCUGAUGGACUGUUAGAUUCUUCUUCUAAUUCGUCUCAAAAUCCCUUGUGAAACACAAUUUGGAGAACUUGAUGUGGCAUCAAAAGUCAUUUGUUGUAGUCCUUACUCACUGCACAUUUAUUUUAUUAUUUAAGAAAGGCAAUUGUAUCGAUCAGCUACUAUGUUUCUCCACUCUUUUCUUGGUCAAGGGCCAAGGAAAAUGUUGAACUGUUUGCCCUUUAACCCCUGAGAGUGACUGGUGCCCAGUUUCUCUAUACAUUCACUACUGAAUCAAACACUGAAGUUAAAAGGGUACUGGAAAUAACCACCCACUAAAGAAGCUCUCCAUUGUUCAAAAAAUUCUCCUUUUCAUUACCGUAUGAAAUGUAUAGAGAGGGGUAUAGAGAAUACAUAAUUGUGGGAAAUUGUAGCAAAUGCUGUUGGAAAGUGCUCAAUACAUGUGAGUGUAGAGCGAAACACAGUUCAAAAUGACUAAAAUGAAACAAGCAUGAUUCCCUGUAACUCUGAGUUUUGUGCUUACACACUCAUUAGACAGAUUUAAUGAUUAAUGAUUUAAUAAAUCUGUCUGAUGAGUGCGUAAGCACAAAACUCAGAGUUACAGGGAAUCAUGCGUGUUUCAUUUUAGUCAUUUCAAAUUGUAAUUAUUUAUAUAUAUAUUUUGGGGCUUAAGGGUUAAGAUAGAAGACAAGAAAAGAACACCUGUUUCCUUGUAAUUGUUAAUCCCAAAUAUAUGGCAGUUAAAGUUUGGUAUAAUUAUACUUUUUGGUCAACACAACUUUUUAUUUAUAAUUUGUGCAAAAAGAAAAUUUAACAAAGAAUACCUCUAACUCUAUCUGAACAACAUGCUAGUCUAUAGAGUGUGGUUAUUUUUACCCCAAAAAAUUUUUAAAAAUCAAUAAAAUAAAAGUGGCCAAGAAAUUUUGGAGAAUGAACACUUGCAGGUUGGACAUGAAAAUUUUGGAAAAGCAAACCAUUCAUCUUUACAAGAAAGAGAGCUGAAUUCAUUUUUUCUCUUUCCUUUCUUCUACAGAUUAAAACCAGCUAAAGGAGUACAGUUUGAUUAGAUGCAAAAUUCAAUUCCAUUUGAAUAAUUUCACAAUUUAGUUUUUUCCUCUUACUAGUUAGAUUUUUUAAAAGCCAAAAAUUUUCAGAAGAGUCCAUUUCUUGUCUCUUUCUGCAAUCAAUAUGUACAGUAACAUUUGUUUAUGAGAAAUUAAAAACAUUGUUUUGUACUGCCUUGAUAUAAAUAUUUCCAGAGUAGGAAUCAAUGUGCAUUAGGUAUAAAUGACAUAAAAAAUAAAGAAAUGAAAGUGAGCUGCCUUCAGAUCAUUACUAGUUGUAUACUUUUGGAUGCUUCAAUUACUUUGUUUUACUAAAAUAAUGGAAUUCUAAACUGUUGUUUGUCUUCAAUUUUUUGAGUCGUUUUUCUCCCAAAGGUGCUAGUCUAAUACUGUCUUGUUACAAUUUGAUUUUGCUUUCAAGCCAACAAGUUCUUACAACUAAAAAAGGAAUAAUAUAAUGAGGAAAUUGUCUUGAUCUAACUUCAAAUUAUCGUUGUUCAUGACAAAUAUUUAUGUUGUUAUCUGUCUGUGAUUAUGUAAACAAUGAUGGCAUGUAUUUUUGUGUCCAGUGUGCAAGUGUAAGAGCCAUAGAAGGGGCAUCAAGCCAAAUACCUCACCUGCAAGACUAAACCUUCCCAAAAAUAGAAUUACAGUUGAUUCCUGCCACUAAAAGACAAAGAUGAUUCCAGGACAGACACUUUGUACUCAAAGUUUUUUGUCAUAGAGAGAACUGACUUUAUCAUGCUUAUGUUACUUGAGAGGAAGGAAGAGAAAGCCAUGUGUUGAAUUUAACCCUGUACACCCCAACAGUACCACCAAUAUUCAUAUUCCCCAAACUCUUCUUCCCACAUUUUCUAUUUUACUGACAAGGAGAAUUUGUUCAACAAUCAAUAGCUUCUCAUAUUGGUGAUCAUUUCCUUUAUUCCUGUGGCCUUAAUAUGUGAUUCAGGGGUGAUACUGUAAGGAGAAUUUAGAUGCUAGUCGCUCCAGGGGGUUAAAAGGGUAAGGCAGAGUAUUUCUGUGAUCAUUGAAUUUGAAGGGGGAUGAACAACAGAUUGAAUUGUUACUGCAAAUGAAUGAUCCCCUUUGCAGAUGUUGGUUGGUCUUAACAUACAAGUUAAUGUGAUGAGAGUGGUCAAAUGACAUCUGCAAAGGAAACUGUGUACAGCUUCGUCAGAUAAACUUGCUAUAAUUAGAAUUCAUGUACUGUUCUGCUACUAUUCCAGAGAAGCCGUGGUGGAAGCUGCUGAUGGUCAUAAUACAGAACAAAAUGUACACAUAUCGGUUCUGGGGAAUGAUCAGACAUUAGACAUCUACAAAUGCAUAGAUCCAGCAUGUGAACAUUUCUGCACCAAGACAAACAAGAGAUACCAUUGCCCUUUGUGCAACAAUAAGCCACAGAAACCUGGCCGCAUGCGCAGGCAUUUUGAAAAGAUGCACUCGGGAAAGCAGAUUGUUCUGCAUGAAGGUGAGAGUAAGUCGUUAACCAUCAACUCAUUGUAGUUUGUGGAGAGCAUAAUUUGACAGGAAUAUACCGGUAACUAAGUAUAACUGAACAAAUGAUCAAUUCUGUGUUGAUUUUAUCAGGACACCAAAUGCUCCGCUGCAAAUUAAGAUGUACCAAAGCUAAUGGCCGCAUAACUGACAAUUCACACUACCAUUGCUGUCUUUGUGGAAGAGUUCUUGUAAGAAAAGUACACCUUUACUGCCAUCUUCAAGCUCAUUCGGUCGGCAGCAUGCGUGAAAUUGAUGAGCUAUUAGAUGCAAAAGAUGAUACAGAAGAAGGGCCCAUGGAAGAUGCAGAAAUGGAUGAAGAUGAUGAUGAGAACCAUACGGCUUUAGAUACUUCACAGAUCACAGCACUGGAAGGUUCAGAACAAGACAGUGUUGUUGCAUUAUCUGAUGGCACACAGGUAGAAUGAGUUAUCUGCAUUUUUCUGCUAGAUAAUGCCUUUCUCUGAACCUGAGAAUGCUUUCUGUUUUAGUGCCUUAAUGCUCGAACAGAUUGCUUGAGGGAUAGAAAAAAUAAAAUUGAGGCUGCAUUGUUAAAGGCAGGUGGCCUGAUUGCUGAGCAAGUUUCUUUGAGCAAGGAGUGGUUGCUUGUGAAGUUAAAAUUGUUAAGCACCUUGAAUGCAUCCUAUCAGUGAUACAGUAAUAAUGAAGGUUUUACAUGUGUGUACCACUAACAGUAUUUUCUUUCUUUCAAGGUUGUCUUUGUGCAGUCCAUUCAGGACAGUGAAACUUUGACAGUUGUUCCACUUGAUGAGCCAUCUGACACCUUACAACUUACUCAGUCUGUUGCCCAGUCAGAUGUCACAACUGUAGUGUCCACUGCUGCUGAUUUAAGCACAAGCCUUCAGGUGUUAACUUCAGUGUCCUCUGGUCUUGGUAAUGAACAGCAGCAACUGCAGCAGGAGCUGACAGUGAAACAAGUGGAAGCUAUGCUCAGCCAAGGUAAAAUAUUUACAGCAAAUCUUUUUUGUCUCCUAGCCAGAUCAUCUCUUAAAACUGUUUAACCUUAACAGCAUGUAACUUUUUUCAGGUGAGGAAACUAAUCAAGAUGCUUCAAUUACAACAGAAAGCUCCCAAGGCAAUCUUCAUAAUAUUAGUGGGGUAAACACAGACAUGUCAGCAUAUGCUGAUCAACCAACAGGGGACAUUGACAUGGAGCAGAGCACAGAAACAGAGCCUGGCUUGCAAAAACAGUCUGAUGAGGAAGCAGUGGAAUUUGAACAGUGUCUGCAGGUUACUGAUGUCCAGAUGUCUCAGGAGAGCUCUGCCACAGGGGUUUCUGGAAUGGAACAAAAUAAUCUUCAACUUUCUCCAGUUGAGUCUUCUUCUGCUUCAGGGCAAUUAAUUACAUGUACUACCACUCCUGGCAAUGUGGUGCAGACUUCAACCUCGCAGUCCAUAGCGGAUCAAGGUUCUUCAAAACUCCUCAUGAUUAACCCAAUGAAUAAAUCAUUGUUUACGGAUGAUAGUGCUAGUGCAUCCCAAAAUGAUCAGAGAGGAAAAACUGCUCGGCAGGAUACUCUUGUGUUGGUUGAUGCUACAACAGCACCCAAAGGAGAUGAUCAUGUGUUCAAGGUUCUGCUCAAUAACCUAUCUCCUGCUACCAGUUGUUUUUGUCAUCCAUCUGUUUUAAGCGAAAAAAAUAAUUUAGACAUCCAGAGAUGUAAGAACACUUACUGUGACUGCAGGUUGUACCAUUGUCCUUUGUGCACUUGUUUGCCAAACAAACCAGGGAGAAUAAGGGAACACUUUAAAAAAAUCCAUGCGCAGGAUCUCAUUGUGAGAUACCAAGGUGAGAAAAGUGUUAAAAAAUUAUAAUUUUUUUUCAGUGUACCAAAAACUUGAUAUUAUAAUAUUCUCUUCACAUUUACUUUCAGUCAGCUGCUAAAUGCAAGGUUGUAGCCAUGGGUAUCUUGGGGUUUUCUCUUUCCAGCCAGCCUCCAAAUAGAAUAUGGCUCCCAUGGUUAACAAAUCAUUAUUACCCAGCUGUAAGCCUCAUUCCAGACAUCUGUCAAUAUAGCGUCGAUCAUUAGACAGAAAGAAAAGAAGUUUUGGAAGGUUAAGUUGGAGAGAACACAAACCCAGCAACAUUACUCAGGACUGUUGCAAAAUAAUUGUAUACAACCUUCUCCCUGUUUAUUUCACAGGUUAUCAAAUGCUACGAUGCAAACUUGGCUGUUCCCGUCCAAGUGGGACCAAAGUGUUUAAUUCACACUAUCAUUGUUGCAUUUGUGGUGCAAUCUGUAUAAGGAAGUCAGGGGUUUAUGAGCACAUGAGGGUAAACCAUGCCAUGCAGCCAAUUAACAAAGACACUAUGUCACAGCAAACCCAGAGAGCAAAGUGUGAAACCAUGUCAGCAAAACCAGUGGUUGUUCAAGUUCCCCCAGUUUCAACUGGACCUGCAGGACCUGGGACCCAAUUAAUUCAAACCACUCAACCCCAGACUCCAUCAAGCCAAGGCAUGUUCACAGGGACUGGGACCAGUCCACAAACAGUUACUGUUCAGAUACCUCAGCAAGGUUAUGUGGACGGGCAAGCACAGGCACAAGUGCAGGGGCAACAGCAAGUCGUGAUAUUGAUGCCACAGCAGGUCAAUCCAAACCAAGUGCAAUCGCCUUCAGUCCCUGCACAGCAGCCUAUUGUUAUAGUUAUGCCGCAGGCAGGAGGGGGUCAGGUCACCCAGCCUAUUGUUGUACCCGUCCCCCAGCCUCCCAGCACUUGAAUUCAAAAAGAAAUUCCCAUAGUGCUUCAUGUUUUCAGUUGUAGCUAUUAACUUAAGACAAAACUACACACCACAGAUGUAUUUGACAUUGUUUCGUUGUUUUUCUUAUUAGUUAAAUAUAUUGUAAGUAAUAUAUCAUAAGUAGUGUAUCAAGUUGCCAUGGGUCUGUUCAGAAAAAAGAUCACAGACGACAUCAAAAUUUGGUAAGAACCAAAAAGUGGCACCAUAUCUAUUACUGAACAGACUCAUGACAACAUAUUUGUUUCACUUAAUAAAAAAAGCAAAAUGUCAUUACUGCGACGAUAGCUAUGCGUCUUUCCUCUUACAGAUCAUAAGUAAGAACCAAUCAAAAUUCAUGCAUUCAUCACCAUAUUAUUUAAUAAUAACUAAAUCAUGCUUCAAGAAGUAAGCAGUAACACUAACAAAAUGUUUCAGCGACAUAACUUUAUUUUUUUUUCUUUUCACUAAAUUUAAUUUAAGGGUUCUUUUUUUUAAACAAGAGGCUGAAAUUAAUAUAU